AUGUCUAAACGCACAGCGCAAGGUCCUCAAGGGUCAAAGGACACAGAGUUUGAAUUCGGGAUGCAGGGCACGCCAGAUGACAAGCCUCAACGGGCCACGGCCGCCCAGCUAGCCAGUCGAAAGAUCAAGGAAAUUCGCAAGCGACCUCGUGGUACUACUCCAACUGGUGGCGCGGGUGAGUCGUCAAUUGCAUUCGGACAGCUAUCAUCUGCUCCAGCUUUCCAAGCCUCCUCGUUCUCAGCGCCUUCAAGUCAAACCGGAGGUUUCAACUUUGGUCAGGGUCAGAGUCAAAGCUUUCCAGGAGCUGCUGUGGCUCCAGGCCAGCCUAGCCAGGAAAGCGAUUCGCCCUUCUCUUUUUCAUCAAAGCCUUUCGGAUUCUCUGCGGGCAGCACUGCGGGAUUUAACGCCGCCUCGACUUCUACUCAUAACCCAUUUUCAGGCGCCUUAUUCGGGGCUGCGAACACUGCGCCUGCUCAAGCCAAUGCCGGUGCGGGUGCAGCUCCUGUGAGCUUUGGCGGGUUCGGAAAUCAACCUGCCUCGCAGCCAACCUCCUUAUUCGGCACUACCCAGACCGCAAACUCGUCCGCUGAUUCCUCUGCGGUUGCCAGCAUCUUUAAGCGCAAGGACCCCACAGAUACGGCCGAACCCGCCCCGGCAGAUUCCAUGCAGAUGUCUCCUGAGGCGAAGCCUGUCACCACCAGCAAGAGCAAUUUUUGGCAAAUGGCCAACCCAAACGAGCCGUUCCGAAAGCCAGCCGCCACAAGCAAUCCCUUCUCGUUCCAAUCGGCGACUGCGGACGCUGGAAAAGCUACAUCUUCCCAAGAAAAGGCGGACAGUAUUUUUGCGUCAAAACCGGCUUCUACGCAGUCGGCUCCGGCCUUCUUUGCCUCCCAGGCCCCCUCGUCAUCCAACAUAUUCGCACCCCAAGCUCCGUCAAGUAAUCAAACUGCAGAUUCACCUUCGACAAAGCCAACAAAUGGUCUCUUUGGAGCUGCUGGCACCACACAGUCUAAUGCCUUUGCACCUGUCGCAGAGAAGUCAUCGUCGCAGGACCUGUUUGGCUCGAAUUCGAGCGGACAGGAUAAACCAGCAGUGCCUACAGCGAGUCUCUUCGGAGCCGCUGGCACGAAGCCGUCGAAAGUUUUCGGAUCUGUACCGGAGACGUCGUCAUCGCAGGGCUUGUUCGGCUCGAAUUUGAGCGGAGAUGGACAACCGGCAAAGCCUGCAAGUAGUAUCUUUGGAGCGCCUGGAACAACCCCGUCAAGUCUUUUUGGACCUGCAGCGGAAAAGUCAUCGUCGCAGGGCUUGUUUGGCUCGACUUCGAGCGGGCAGGAUAAUCCAGCAGUGCCCACAGCGAGUCUCUUCGGAGCCGCUGGAACAAAGCCGUCAAAGAUUUUCGGCCCUGCAUCGGAUAAAUCGUCAUCGCAGGGUCUGUUCGGCCCGAGUUCCAGCGGAGACGGAGUGUCUGCAAAGCCAACCGGGUCGAAUCCAUUCGGCGGUCUGUUUGGUACAAAUUCGAGCACCUCACAAGCUCCCUCACCCACCAAGCAAGCCGACGCCCAGCCUUCCGGCGGUCUUUUUGGAGGGCCUGCUGCUGCUAAGUUAGGCUCACAGUCUGGCAACUCUCUCUUCGGUGACAGUGCCUCUAGGCUUUCGCCCCCAUCAACCACUCCCAGUUCUCAAAGUCUCUUCUCUUCGAAACCCACAGUCGAGCAACCUGCACCCAGCCCCGCGAAGCCCCUUGUCAACAAUUCCGACAGCAAGGCUUCAGAUGGCCCUCUCAAGCCUACAUCAACUCUCGGUCCAAAAAGCGGCAUGGAGAAAAAGGGUGCUUCAGAUCUCCCAUUGCCAACCCUUCCAUCCGGAACCAGCCCGGAAGUGAGAGCGAAUACGGAACUUCUGUGGAAAGUCAGAGGGCUCGACGCGGUGUUUAAGGAGCGUGUUCUUAAGUACGAGCCUGGAGUUCAUGGCUUCGAUGAUCUUAUUCUGUUCUACAUCAAGGUGCGGAACGGCAUGGGUGCGCCACUGAAGGGUGCCCCGGAGCCCAAGCGACAGCCUACACAUGAUGCUAGCUUGAGCGGCUCCACGACAUCUGGCGUGUUUGCCAAAUCUUUCUCUGCCCCUGGCUCAACUCAUGCGGUGCCUGCAUCCUCGUCAAGCAGCACGACAAACCUGUUCGCCAAAGCCGCUGCCAAUGGGAGUGUGUCAUCUCCAGAAACGACUGGCCCCAUCGCCUCUACAGCGAAGCCUCCCAGCAGUCUAUCUGCCUCGCCGUCGUCACCUGCGCCGAGCUCAGCUGACUCUUCUAAACUAGCUGGCAAUAUGUUUGCUCAGUUAGCUCCCCAAACAUUACAGAAGGAGGCCACAGCGCCGGCUCUUCCUAAAUUUGGCGGUGGCGGUACAGUAGAUUUCAUGGCCCAAUUCAAACAAAAGGCUGAAAAGACCAUGAAGGAAGAGAAAGCCAAGCGCAAGGCUGAGGAAUUUGACUCGGAUGAAGACGACGAAGAGGAAUGGGAGCGUCGCGAUGCUGAGAAACAGCGUGAGAAGCGUGCUAAGCUUGAAGCUGACGGAGCCAAGAAAAAGAAAUCCGUCUUCCGGAAUGGGAAAUUUGAAUGGGUAGAUGUUGAUGAGCCAACUGCAGCGGAGCCCACCACCACCACUUCGUCUACGCCUUCGGACAAGGCUGUUGAUCAGCCUGUUGAUAAACCCGCAGGCGAGUCCUCUGAAAAACCAGCAACCAGCAGCCUGUUUGCGCCUUCUAGCGGAGCCUCUUUCAAUGCGUCCUCCCCGGGUUCUACUACUGGAUCGAUCUUUGAGUCAUCUGGUCAACCUUUGCCUGCAUCCGAGAAUAUCUUUGGUCGUCUCACGCCGAGCCAGAAUGAUUCAGGCAAAGAGAGCGACGAGUCUGAUGAGGAAGGCAAGGUUGAGUUCACCAAGCAGACGAAUUCCCCAGAGACGACGGAUGCCGCCAAGUCCAGUCUGAAUGCGCCGCUCCCAGCGCCAACUGUGGAAGCUGGUCGAAGUCUUUUCGAUCGAGUGUCGUCGCCAGCACCAGCAGCUCAGAAGGAGUCCGCGUCGUCUACUUCCGGCCUGUUUUCCGCCAGCUUCGGUCAAGGUAGUUCUUUCGGUUCGCCUGCAACCUUCGGACAAAACGGCGCGACGUCUACCCCAGACAAGAGCAGCAAUCCUUUUGGUCAAAGCUUGUCCUUUGGCCAGAGCACCGCUUACACGCCUGGAGUCGACAAGACCUGGAAGCCCAGCUCACCGAUCAAGUUUGCUGCGGGCUCAGCGCCAGUAGCUGCUUCAGCGCCGGCUUCAACUUUGGCUUCAACUCAGCCGUCAAGUGAGGCCGGCUCAGGGGCUGCCACCCCUGACGAAGAGAUCAGUACUGGCGAAGUCUUCGACAUGUCCAAGGCAAACGCAGGCGAGGAAGAGGAGAAUGUUGUUUUCGAGUGCAAAGCCCGCGCUUUCAAGCUGGCUACUGGUUGGCAACUACAAGGUACCGGUAUCUUGCGUUUGCUGCAGCAUCCUGGAACCAAGCGAGCUCGCAUCGUGCUACGUGCCGACCCUGGCGGCAACGUCAUCCUGAACACGUUCCUCAAGAAAGAUCUUGACUAUACUCGUCAAGGGAACAGUGUCCAGUUCUUGGUUCCUCGGGCAGACCAAGCUCAGCCUGAGCAUUGGACUGUUCGUGUAAACGCGCAGUCCAUCGAGAAGCUCCACCCGAAGAUGCAGGAGAUCAAGAACUAA